AUGUUUUUCUUUUCUUUUUUCCUUUAUAAAGUAAUAUUCUAUCUUAAUUUAUUUUAUUUUUGUUUUAAUGAAAAUUUUGAGAAAAUAAAAUAUCCUCAAGAUUUAACAAAAAUAAAGUAUUAUGAAUCUUAUAAUAAAAUUGAUAAAAAGUAUUUAUAUAAGCAUGUAGGAAAACCAAUAUUGCAAGAUAUUAUAAUAUCUGUUAAGAUAGAAGAAAAUGAGAAAGAAGAUAAAAUUUUAUAUCUACCAAAAAAGAAGAAUUUUUUGAAAAUAAAAGGGGAUUGGUCAGAAUAUCCGAAAGAUAAAAUAAAAAUGAUAUGUAUAGCAUUCAUACAAAAAAAUCAAUUAUUAAGCAAUGAAGAAUUAAAAUGUCCCAAAGAUAUAUUUGAUUCUCCGACUGCGUUAAGUGAAUGUUAUAUUGAAAAUAAUUUUUCCAUAAUAAAUCUUUUUUUAUACAUAGAAAUAUCACAAAUAAAUAUUGAAAAAUUGUUUUCUUUAUAUAAUAUACCUGUAGUUAUUAACUCUGAUAAUUAUUCAAAAUAUUUUACUAAUGAUAAAAAGAAAUCGAAAGAACAAAAACCUAAUUUAGAUUUACAUUUGUGCUAUAAAUCAUAUAAUGAAUCUCCUUUAUAUUUAGGGAAGGUUAUAUUUAACGCCUAUCCAUUGAAUAUUCAAAAAAACAUGGAUGAUUAUGAUGUGAUAUAUACAAAAUCUUUUUUAACAUCUAAUUGGGACUACAAUUUGUUUAUUAAUGGUGAUUAUAUAACUAUAUAUAAUCGAGUAGUAUUCAUCAGUUUUCCAAGAGAAGAUAAUAAGAAUAAAAAAUGUGCACCUUUUUGGGAUUAUGGGAUCUUAGGAUCAGGAGCAUUAAAUAAAAUAAAAAAAAAAGACAAAAAUAUUUCAUCAUAUGAAUAUGUUGAAUAUAAUUUUUCAAAUAAUAUUCCAAAUAAAUAUUAUAUUCCGUUUAUAAAAAAUGAUGAUUUACAAACUAAUGAAAAUUAUUUAAUUUGCUUAUAUUCAGAUGAAAAUGAUUUUGAAGGAAUGGAAUUAAAAAAUAUACAUUUUUAUAUGAAUACAACUGAUUCUGUAAUUCUAAUUUUUUUAAUUAUUUUUGUUAUUGUAUUUCUUCCAUUAAUCUUUUCCUUAACAUAUUUAUGCGUUCUUGUCAAAAUGAAUAUAUUAAAAAUUAAAAUGAAAAAAUUGCAACUUUUAAAUAGGAAAGAUGAAAUUGAAGAAAAAUUGAAAAAAGAGUUAAAUUUAGAUCAGUAUGAAUCAAUUUAA